CCCCUAAACCUUCUCCUUGUUAAGCUAAAUAGAUUGAGCUGUUUGAGUCUGUCAUUAUAAGGCAUGUUUUCUAAUCCUUUAAUCAUUAUGGCGCUUCUCUGAACCCUCUCUGUUGCAUGGUGAGUUACCAUAUUUCCUUUAUACCCAAUCUUAAAUCCACUGAGAGUUUUUAAUGCGUUUUAUUUUCUGUAUGCCGUUCAUAUAUCCUGUUUUCUCAGCAGAGAAGUACAGUUAGUAAUCAAAGUUCUCUUAAACCUAAACCUAUAAAUUAAUAAAUUACAGAUUUAAUUUUAACUUUUUAUUAAACUGGUAGGGACAGUCACUAAUGCUACAACACAUUUGCCCAAUUACAGUUGAAGUUUAGAAAAUAUAUGUAGUGAUCAUGUAUUUGUUAAAAUUUUCAAACCAAGAUGCCUGAUUUUAGUCAUUUGACUUGAAAGCUUUGAUCUACAUGCUCUUAAUCUUCAGAAUAAAAUUAAUCAUAGUACAGUGACGCCUAGUACAGUGCCGCCUAGUAUAAAACAAAUGUGUGUUUGUACAUAAGCUAAUUUCCUAGUGAUUCCUGUUCCUGAAGGCACCAAUUUAUGGCAAUUGCGUGACACAAUUUUCCAACCACUUUUCUCUAAGCCAUUACCUUUGCAAUUCUGCUACUCCCCCCUCCCCCCCACACACUAAUCUGACAUCUUUUCAAAGCAUUCUCAGAAUUAUUUUAAGGUCGAAAUAUUAAAAAUUUCAGCAUAGUAUGAUAUGAGAUUGAUUGUCAGAAUAAAGAGACACUGCCAAAGUGAUCAUAUUUGAAAAGGCAACCAAAAAACCCAAACAGAUCCUUUUGCUAUGUUACCAGUGACUGCACUACAGACAUUUUAAAUGGAAAGAAUUGUAAUACACAUACUCUUCAGCAUUUUUGGAGUAUGAGUUUCCAAAACUGCAGGGAAAUACUAAAGUAGAAUUUUUAGUUAUCAUUCUUUAUUGCAUACUCUUCAUGCGCCUUUCCUUUUAAACUUUCCUAAAAACAUUUAAGUUCACAGUAGGUUUUUUUAUUCAAAAAACUAAAAUUCUAGCAAAUGCUACUUGACAGUGUCUAUUUAAAGUUGCAUUCACAACUUUCCAGAUCAGAAACUUAGCACCUUUUCUGACAGAAGCAAACAGAAUACAAAUCCCUACUGUAAUCAUCUCUAAAGUAUCAGUUUUUUCCCUAUCAAAUUAAUGGUGUUGGAUUUGUUUAAAACUUUUUUUUUUCCCAAGAAUUACAUUUCUUUUGGCUAUUUCUUUAGUGACUGAGAAACCUGGAAUUGUUGGUGAAGGCCCAGUUUAUUAUUUUGUUAGUCAUGUUCAGCCUGCUUCCACUAAUGCUGGAGUGUCUAAUGCAGUUAGUGAGAGUUGGCGCUACUGUAAAUGCCUGUACAACACGUUUUGCCCAAACACCAGCCCAUAUUGCUGCUUUUGGAGGACAUCCUCAGUGCCUGAUCUGGUUGGUUCAAGCAGGGGCCAACAUAAACAAGCAGGAUUAUGUUGGUGAAACCCCUAUUCAUAAAGCAGCACGAUCUGGUAGUAUGGAUUCCAUAAGUGCCCUUGUAGCUCAUGGAGCUCAAAUAGACUUGAGAAAUGCCAGUGGACUGACAGCAGCAGAUCUUGCACAUACCCAGGGCUUCCAAGAGUGUGCCCAGUUUCUCUUGAAUCUCCAGAACUGUCACCUGAACCGUUUCUUUAGCAAUGGCACGUUAAAUGGAGGUCCCAAUCCAGUCAAUGGUGGGACAAGUCGAAAGAGAUCCUUUGAAGAUGUGGAUUCUGCUGGAGUAAAGAAAGCUAGGACUGAAGCUCAUAGCUUUGAUGGCUUAAUACCAAUGAUGAAUGGAGGAAAUGAGGAUGAUGCUGACAAUAUGCACAUUGAUAAAGAGCUUGCUGUUGUAUCAGAUAUGAAUAGCAGUAGCUCCGUUUUGAAUGCAUUGACAAAUGGAUGUACCAUCAAUGGACAUUUGGACUUCACCGCCAUAACACAGUUCAAUGGAAUGGAUGCCAGGCAUGGAGAAUGUUUAACAUUAAUACCUAAUGGAAUAACUCCUGGUGUCGCUUCUGCCAAUAGGCACAGAAUUCACACCAGUAAUGGCACUGAAGAACCAGAAAAAGCCAUGAAUACUUCUGCCGAUAUGUGUGGUUCACUGCAUCUGAAUGGAAGCCCAAGUAGCUUUGUGUCUAACAGGCCCUCAUGGGUUGAAGAUCUUGGAGAUACUUUGCACUAUGGGCAUUAUCAUGGUUUUGGGGAUACUGCUGAAAGCAUCCCUGAACUUAACAGUGUUGUUGAGCAUUCCAAUUCUGUUAAAGUUGAACAGAAAUACGAUAAUACUGUCUUAGGCACAAUGUAUCUUUAUCAUGGUUCCUAAAUCAACAUAUUCUUGUUUGUCAAAUUCAUGUUGAAAUUGUUAGCAAAUGUGACAAAAAAUUCUCACCUAGCAUUAAAUCUGAAGAAUGCAACUAUUACUAUUUUUACACUUUGUUUAUAUAAAAAGUAAACCUUUCAUUUGACAGUCUUCUACUAUAGUUCUAAUUUGUUGCAUGUAUGGGGCUUAUUUAGUGAUGCAAGUAGGUGGUGUUACAAUGAAAUGUUUAUUCUUUGCAUUUUACUAUGGAAUGUUGUGGUUUUGUACUUUUUUUUAAUUUUUAUUUUUUUAUUUCCAAGCUAGUGAACAUUAUCUUUCCCCUUUUUAAAAAAUGUUUUCCCUCUUAUUAAUAUGAUCACACUGUAUUGAAUUUUGUGCAGAAAACAAGUUGUGUGUUUGUGCAUCACUCUUGAAGUAAAUAUUUUCCUUUUUUGUAUUUUCUGCUGAAGCUAUGGUAGCAACAUCAAUGCCAGCUGUCACUAUGCAAGGUUUGGAAAGUGGUGUUCUUAAAGGAGUUUCUCUGAUUUACAAAUUUGUGCGUUUAAUAGAAUUGAAAGUUCAUCUUUACUUUCUAUGACAAAUGAAAUGUUAAAAAUGCAACGACAAACUUCUGAAAAAUGUUUCACUUUAAUGUAGCAUAGGAAUUAUUUUCUUCUUUGUUAGGGCCCUUUGCAUUAUAGAAGUGGAAAAGCAGAUUACCCAUAUUGGUUGCAAGUCACGGUUGGUUCUGAUUUUUGGCCUUUUUUAUUUUGCUUCUCUACUUUAAAUGUGUGCUUGAUAUUUUACCAUAGCUCACAGCCUGGAGGCAUGUUGGCACUGUUUUUGCUUUUUAUGCAAUUUAAAAUUACUGCUACUUGUUAUAGAAAUCGUCAGGUCAAAAUAUUUGACUGAUUUUGAUAUACUGUACAUAUAUUUUGUUUGCUUUGUGUUUUUUUACAACUGCUUUGAAAAUCUAAUGCUGUGUAUAUCUAGCCAGUUAAGAUACUUUUAGGGCUAUGUUAACUGAAAAUACAUUGUAUUUAAAGCUUAUUACAAAAGUAAACAUUCAUACAAGUGCUCUGUACAAACAUUAAAUAAUGUAAGAUACUACUUUUGUGAUUUGAUAAACGAACGGUGGGAGAAUAUAUUAAACAAGAGAAAGCCAGUAA